AUGAACUCCAGACCGGUUCUGUGGGCUUUGUCCAUGCUGAUGCUGGUUACGGUACCAGCCCGUGCCCAACUAAACGACCUCUAUGAUAUGGGCUUCGUCAAUACCUGGAGACAAGGCUUCAAUUUCCAGUGCCCCCAUGGAGAGGUCCUGGUGGCCAUCCGAAGUUACUAUAGUGAUCAGGAGGGUUCGGACCGGCUCUGGGCCUUUGAGUGCCAGCCAACGCCCGCGACGUUGGGGCACCCCACGGAGUGCUGGUGGGACGACAUUAACCGCGCCGGGAUGGAAUGGUACUCUACAUGCACGAAUAAUGGUCUAGUAGCAGGGGUCCAGAGUAAGUACUUUGAGGCAGUGCUAGACCGUGAAUGGCAGUUCUACUGUUGCCGUUACAGUCGCCGAUGCCCCUACUCCUGCUGGAAGACCCAGGACAUUCCUGAGUACCACAAGGAGGAAGGGGAGCUGGUCAUUCCCAGCUAUGGCUACUUUAUCCGGGGAGCACAGACCACAUUCAGUGGGAUCCUGAGGGAUCGGCAGUGGAAGUACAUCUUAUGCAGGAUGACGGAUUUUGACUGUGAAUUUGAAAACUUUUAG